AUGGGCCAUCAUCGCCACCUGAGCCAAGCGUUGCUUCUUGCAGCAAUCGGCGACCUGGUCAUGCGACCUCAACAGAGAGAAAUUGGUAGCAUCCUUAGUCCUUGCUACAAUAGAUUGACCAUCAUAAUACAGUCUGCAAGUGAGGAUCUUGAGAACCUGAUCACACCAGACCUGUCGUCCAUGACCGACCUCGAUCAUCCUAUUGCGGUCACCAACCAUGGAGCACAACGACUACCUACCUAUACCAGCAGAGGUUCCACCGGUCCAGUCACAACAGCUCAUCAAGACAUCACCCGAUCCGGGCGUCUUCUCACGGUCCAACGCUACUGGGCUAGUCCUAUUCGCGCCGACAGUCUAAUAGAGGCUCAGCUGCUGAUCUUGACCUUCGCCACGGGCAUCCAAGACUCGAUCUCCUACCCUGACUUCCGCUGCUUCGCAUCCAAUCAAACCGGCAACACGGUCGUCCUCGCUGUUGCCCUUGCAGGCGGCGUCGGCGAGCUGUUCGAUCCCGCCAAUGUAGGCGCAAGCCUUGGUGCCUUCCUCCUCGGCGCUCUUGCGACUGGCCAUCUAGGCCUCGUGUUUGGGAGGAGACGGCGUGUAUGGCAGUUUACUGUGGGUCUUGCGCAGACCAUGAUGGUGCUAGGUGCAGCGUGGAUUCAAUUCGGGCACGGCGCCAACGAGAGUGGAGUUUGGCCUCGCGCUGCGCUGGCGCUGAUUGCUACGGCGUCCGGUUCGCAGGUCGCAGCAGCGCGAGCCUUCCAGAUACCCGAAAUUACCACUGCGAUGGCAACAGCUGCUUGGGUCGAUUUUAUCAUCGAUGAAAAUCUCCUGUUAUGGAGGAAUCGUUCCAGGAACCGCCGCGCACUGUUUCUGUUUGUGCUUGUAGCGGGAAGCUUCGCAGGCGCGUAUGCAAGGGCUGGUAUAGGAUCGCCAAAGGCCAUUAUCAUCUCUGGAGUGUUGAAGGGACUCGCGACUCUUCUCAUCCUGUUCGCCACAGCCGUCAAGACGAAGCCGCCAGCACAGAAUAGUACACCUCUAGAUUGCACGAGUGCGGCGCAUUGA